GACCGUAUUGGCUGUGGCACAGACAAUGAGCUCUUUCGUUGUUAGCAAUUGACGCUAAUCUUGAAAGGCCACUUGAGCUGAAAUUGAGUUUGCUUUUCGUUAACUUCAAAUAUCGAGUAAUGGAAAAAAAUACGACAUUUAAUAUUGAACCAGCAUUAGCAAGUAGGUAAUUUUACUCUAGCAGUAUUUUGUCGAAGAGUUAACGCCACACUUUCUUUUAGCACACUGUUCCCACCAGCACUUUAGUGUGUUUCAUGGUUUCGCUUGUUCAAUUAUCAAAAACACGCAUCUUUUUAAUGAUCAUAUUUAGUCUCGUUAAACAUCCCCAAGUAGCUGUUUACAUUUUCUGUUGCCGGUCAGUCUGGAAGAAUUUAUGUAAAAUAUAGCAUUUUGCCUCUCAAUGACGCGUCCUAGGGAGGGCUCGAUACUUCCACGAUCCCCUUUCCCCCCCUCCUCUUCUCCACCACUUUGUGUCCUCAUUGUCUUUUCGUGUACUUAGAAUCCUUGGAUUGUGCCCUCGAAGCCCACCUACCACUUGACCCCCCCAUUUUUCUACUGACCAUGAACGACCACACGAAGCGCAUGCGCAGACAGCAGCAAGCGUAGCUUGGGCUUCAUUUAUGGCAGCUUCCUUCACCAACGUAUUUCCUUCUUUGGUCAGCACAGUAUCCACAUCCUAUUUCGCCAGCAUAGCUUCCACUUCACCGUUCAACAGCUUCCAUGGCCGGCAAGGUGUCUGCUUCUUUUGCAAGCAGUGUUUCCCACACAUUCAUGUACUGUAUUUGUAGCGGCCCACCACAAAUACAUUUGGACAUAUUUGGUGCUAAUCAUUUAUUUGUAGCGGCCCACCACAAAUAAAUUUGGACAUAUUUGGUGCUAAUCAUUUAUUUGUAGCGGCCCACCACAAAUAAAUUUGGACAGAUUUGGUGGUACCUUUUAAUUUUUCUGCAUUUGUUUUUCUUGAGCAGGACUGUAACAAGUGGCCAACAUGUCCUCCGAGGAUGAGACUUUGCAGACCUCCUCAUCUCCUCCUCCUGCCUCCUUGCCUCGCACGAUCCCACCUUCCUCUCACUUCGUCGGGAAGAGGGAUGACAUCAUCAGAUGCGGUCGUGUGACCAAGCUAGUGAAUGGGUGCAGAGACGUGCUGGUCCUCUACCACCAGGGGAAGUUCCACGCCAUGGACAUGCGCUGUUACCAUGCGGGUGGUGCAUUAGAGCAUGGAGACAUUGAGGAGUUCAACGGCCGGGCAUGUAUCGUGUGUCCGUGGCACAAGUACAAGAUCACACUGGCGGAAGGCGAAGGGCUCUAUCAGGCCGUGGACAACCCAACCGUCAAACCUCUGAGGACACGCUGGCGCUCCAAGGGUGUCAAGCAGAGGAUCCACAAGAUCACCGAAGUGGACAAGGACGUGUAUGUCACGCUGAGCGACUCACAGGAGGCAGUUGAGUCGGACUACUACCAGACGGAGAGAUACAGGGCGAACUUAUGCAAGGUGCAGGCCAAGAAAGUCCACUGACAGACACAAUAAGGAAUGUCUAAUGUGUCACUUCACAUCAUUCCUAACUUUUCAGACUUAAAUUGUACAUGUUUAAAAUGUACUCUUGUUAUGCAUGAUGUGCAAGUGGCCUAUCAUGAACUUGGUGUGUUUUUAAGGUGUCCCCAUCGCAACAGAGUAGGUGUGGUCAGGGGCAGAGGCUGCAGAAUGCGUGAGUUUCGGCCAAGAAGAGAAGAAUGAAGAUUUAUCACAUACAAAAUCUUGGGAUUUAUAGAGUAAUUUACUAAAAGAAACUUACUGCAGGGCCUCACUGGGAGUCAAUAUAAUUUUAAAAGCCCCUGAAAUGAGCAGAAUAGGGCCCCUUUAAAUAGCGUCUUAAAAUGGUGCUGAAAUGCUGAAUUUUGGAAUGCAUUCUCAACCUUAAUGUUUACAUUGUAGAUUCUCAGAACUAUGAAUGAACACGUGGAAUUCUGUACUUUACAAAAAAGUGUGAACUAACUCUAGAUAUGUCUUAUAUUUUAGACAUACAUUUGAUGUAUCAUUUUUUUUUUAUAGCGCUGCAAACCCUUGGUGUUCUCUUAGUGAACUUCCUGUGGUAGUCACCUGAAAUGCUUUUCACUUUACAGGUGUGCCUUGUCAGGGUUACUUAGUGGAAUUUCUUGCCUUAUUAAUGGGGUUGUAAUGUGUGUGUGUGUCCAAACUUUUGGUCUGUACUGUAGCUUCAACUUCAUUUCUCGGCAGCUUCUUUGGCCAUCUUAAUAAAUCAUCUUUAUAGUCGCCAAUUAAAGUAACAUACAUGUUUUUGGAAUGUGAGAAGAAACCGCAGUACCCGGAAAAUACCCACGCACGCACAGGGUGCCCAAUGACACACUGUUUGCACCCCGUGCUUGGGCAAACAGGGAUGUCCAAGCGGAGGUUCAAACCAAGGUCUUCCCCACUCUGUGUGACCAACAUGCUAACCACACGGCCACCAUGCGGCCUAGGCUAUCUUAUGAUGGGAAAUAAAGAUAUCCGUUCUAAAUAAACGUGAUUUAACAUG